UUUUUUUUUUCUUUUUUUCUUCUUUAUUCUUUUACCUUGUAUAUAAAAUGCCAUUUGGACAGGUUGUAGUUGGACCACCAGGAUCUGGCAAGACAACUUAUUGUUGGGGUGCAUAUCAAUUCUUGACAGCUUCUGGAAGAAAAGUAGCAGUGGUCAAUCUUGAUCCUGCUAAUGAUCAUAUACCUUAUCCUUGUGCUAUAAAUAUUGCAGAUCUAAUUACUUUGGAAGAUACUAUGGAUGAUUUGAAACUAGGACCCAAUGGAGGCAUCAUGUUUUGUGUAGAAUAUUUGUUGAAAAAUAUAGACUGGUUAUUGGAGAAAUUAGAUGGAUUGAAGGAUCAUUAUAUCAUUUUCGAUUUUCCAGGUCAAGUCGAAUUAUUUACUCAUCAUCAUGCUGUCAAAGAUAUCUUGAAUAUUCUAGAAAAACACAAUUAUAGGUUGGUGGCUGUUCAUUUGGUAGAUGCUCAUUACUGUACUGAUCCUGCAAAAUACAUCUCUGUCUUAUUACUAUCUUUAAAAACAAUGAUUCAAUUGGAACUUCCUCAUGUGAACAUUCUAUCCAAGAUUGAUCUUAUUGAAUCCUAUGGAAAACUACGGUUUAAUCUACAAUAUUAUACAGACGUCAUGGAUUUAUCAUAUCUAUUAGAAUCACUGAAUGAAGACGCUUUUGGAUCCAAAUUCAAAAAGUUGAAUGCAGCAUUAUGUGAACUUGUAGAAGAUUUUGCUUUGGUUGGCUUUUAUACUUUAUGUGUAGAGGACAAAACAUCUAUGACCAAAAUUCAACAAGUGAUCGACAAAGCUGGUGGGUUUAUCUUUGGAGGAUUGACGGAAGGAAAUGAAUCUAUUAUGCUCACUGCCAUGCAAGCUGGCUUCCAUGAAGAUGUUACUGACGUUCAAGAACGAUGGAUUGAAAACAAGGACCAUGAUGAUGAUGACUGAUUAGGAUAGAAAUUAAAUUUAGUGUAGCAUGGAUAUUCAUAUAUAAGCAUAUUGUAAAUAAAGAUUAUAUUUAUACUGAUGAUGAUGAUG